UAUAAAUUGACACCAAUUUAUCUUGGUGGAUAAAGUGGCUCAGGUAUGUGAAGGAGAGUGUUUUCAUGGCUUUCGCAGUAUUGUUCAGCUUAAGCUGCGCGAACUCAUGCUUGAGAUUAAAACACAGUAAAAAUGGAGUCUUUUUGUCAAGCACUUACACUAAUUCGCAUUUUCCUAGAAUCUCGCCAACCAAAAAUAUCCAAUCUCUGAAGGUCGAGGACAAUAGCUUUAGCCGAGAAUCCAGUUCAGAACAAGGCUUUCCCACAGAUUUGAUUGAAGAUUCCAAGUUUGUUCCUUUAAAUGCCGAAGAUCCAAGAUUUGGCCCACCUGCCUUGUUGUUGUUGGGAUUUGAACUGGAGGAUGCUGUCAAGAUAAAACAACUUUUGAAGGAACUGGAUGGUGAAUUCCUAGAGGUCAUAUUCUGCACUGAAGAUAUGAUAUCUAGUUCGCUUUGGGAAGCAGUGAAUACGAAACAAUCAGAUUUGGAAGCUUUGAAGAUCGCAAAGCCACUUCCCAAGAUUUGCUUCAUGUCUGGCCUUAGCGGGGAGGAGAUGAUGAUGUUUAUUGACGCCUUUCAAGAAAGUGAAGGGGAAGAAAAAACAGUGUUUGCAGCUGUGGUUCAUAAUGCAGCUGAUAAGCCACUGGAGGAGCUAAUCAAGGAGAUCAUGGGAGACCAUGAAAUGUUGCUGUCUGCAAGGAGAUAACCUUUAUAAGUCUGCCUGGCUGGCUGUUUUGGAUGAUUGCAAUUUAUGUAAAGCAGAAGACUAGAUACGGCUUUAAUUCUAUGUUUGGCAAAAUAAGCUAAUUAGGAGCUUAUAACAUAUACUAUAGCUUAAAACUAGUAGUUGAUUUAAAUAUUAUUGUUUGAGAUAAAGUAUAAACUAUUUUUGAUGAUGGUAUUGUUUUAGUUCGUAAAAAUGACAAUUGAAGUUAUUUAUGUAAAUAUAUGAUCUGAAAUCCUUAUAAAAAUAAUGCUUAUAUUAUGUUAGGUAUGGGUAUAUAUUGAAUUUGUUUGGGUAUCAACU